AAAAGAAAAAAAUCAAUAUUUCCAACCACAAGGGCCCCAGCAGCGGCGCGGGUCAGACCGCAGCUGAACACGCCCGCAUACCCACACCACGCGAUUUGUUUCUUUUUAUAUCCCGUUCUAUUGACGUUCCCCCGCCACUCCAACGCGACAUUUCACCACCAGCCCCGCAGCCUCACACGGCCUAGAACACUGAACAAGGUUACCGAAUCAGCUGUGCAGAAACGACAAGGUGGAAAUGCCCGAUGCAGAAGGAGGUUUAUGGUUUUGGAUUGUCUUGUCUCUGGUUAGGGGGCAGCCUUGAUCCUCUAGCUGAAAACCAAAGAUCCAGAUCUGAUGGAGGCCGACAUCGGGACUAGAACUAGAACUAGAACCAGACAAUCAUCUCUGACAGCGCACGUCGGAGCUGCACAAUGCGUUCUGGAACUAGAACUAGAAUAGUUCCGCACCGAGACUACGUGUCGACGACCAGGCCAGGUUCGUAUAAAACCCGUGUGUCGCCGUUGGACUCUUGCAUUCUGCCGUCUUACCCGGCCGUUUACCUCUUUUUUUUGUCCGCUUUGUCGUGUAAUAUUUGUUCCAGCCAUGCAUCUCAGGUCAACCAUACUCGCUGGCCUCGGCCUCCUGGUGUCGGCCACUGCCGGCGCACAUCUGCCCCUUUCAUCACGCUCCCACGGCAAGCCGCGAUGCUUGGUAGAGGAGAACUUGCCCCAGAAGAGGGGCGGAAGACGUCUGCUGGACUACGUCCCCACUGCCGAGACCAUUGUCGUCAAGACGUACGUGCACAUAAUCGCACGCGACAAGACGGUGGCCGGUGGAUGGGUCACUCAAGAGUCACUUGACGCGCAGAUGCGCCUCCUCAACACCACCUACGCCGGCACGGGGUUCCAGUUCGACUGGAUGCGCAACGAGACGACGCGCACGGUGAACACGGCGUGGACGCAGUUCCCCCCGGACUGGAACAGCUACUUCCCCGAGGUGUCGGCGUGGGAGGUGAACUGGAAGCGGCAGCUGCGCAAGGGCGGCGACGACCGCCGCGUGCUCAACCUCUACUUCAACGUGGGGCUGCCGGCGGCGGGCGUGGCGGUGCUCAUCGACCAGCAGGGCGAGCUCGACGACUUUGGCAUCUUUGACGGCGCCAUCAUCGACCCCAGCACCAUGCCCGGCGGCCCGGACCCGCUCAUCAACGAGGGCAAGACCGUCACCCACGAGGUCGGCCACUGGGUCGGCCUGUACCACACCUUCCAGGGCGGCUGCGCCGACAUGGACCUCGUCCAGGACACCCCGCCCGCCCGCGCCCCGGCCGGAGGCUUUUCGUUUUGCGACCGCCCCUACAACACCUGCAUCGACUCGCUGGGACCCAACGGGUCCGAUGCCCCGGACCCGAACGACAACUUCAUGAGCUACUCGACGGAUCCGUGCAUGGCCAGGUUCACGCCGGGGCAGAUUGCCCGCAUGCACCAAAUAUGGGAUACAUAUCGGGCUUAGAAGUGAUGAUUUGGGUAAUGACGUGGACACGAAAAUCUAAGUUGUGACAGACUCAAAGAGAGGGAGCGGCUAGGAUUUGCCUUUUUAUGGGCCAACUCGACGAACUAGUCUAGUGUUUAUGCCGCCGGACUUGGCUGGGCUGGACCGCUGAAUUUAAUGAUAUCGACACCGAGGCGCAAUUUACAAGGUCGCAUUUGUAUAACUAUUUGGUACUUUAGCUAUGACUCUAUUCUUCUUCAUGCUGCAUCAAGACUAUGGUCCCACAUCAAAAUAAUUUCAUUUCAAA